AUGUUCAAGCCGCAGGAACUGUCGAACGCGUUUUGGGGAUUGGCCAAGGCGAAGAGCGAUACCGUGGGAUUGUGGUUGAUAUUGGGAGACUUGAUACGAGCGUCGUUGAUGGUGGAUAAAGGGACGGAUCAUCAGAACGGAUGGACGCCGCAAGGGGUGUCGAACGCGGCGUGGAGCUUGGGGGCGAUGACGGAGACGACGCGACGAGGCGUGUUCGAGGAGAGCGCGCUGGGACGCGAGCUCGCACGUGGGAUCGCGGUGGCGGUGGAAGAACGAGUUGAGAUGUUCAAUCCGCAAGAAUGUGCGAAUACGAUGUCUGGGUUCGCGAAGUGUGGGUCGAGCGUGCGAGAAGACGCCGAAGUAGGUGUCAAGGCGUUGUGCUCGCGAUUGAAGCGAGAACGCGCGUGGUUCUCCGGCGGCGAGUUUCAGUGCCAGCACGUCUCCAACGUUAUUUGGGCGUGCGCGAAGUUGAACAUGAGCGAUGAUGCGGAAUUGAUCGCUAUAUUCGUCGACGCGGCAAACGAGUACGCGAACAAGUUCAACGCGCACGAACUCUCGAUGGUUCUGUGGGCGCUCGCGAAUCUCGCCGUCGACGAUCACAAAGUCAUGCACGCGCUCGCAAAGUCGAUGGCGAGGAAAGCGGACGAAUCAUCGGCGCAGCAAAUCGCGACGUCAGCGCACGCGAUGGCAAAGCUCGGGAUUUAUAACUCACAGAUAAUGAAGGCUUACAAGGAUCACGCCGCGGCGCGCAGAGAUGAAUUUCAGCCGCGCGACAUCGCGUUCUUGGCGUGGUCGUUCGCAAAACUCGACAUCAAGGCACCAGAACUGUUUGAAAUGUUUAGCGCUGUGGUGUGUGAGAUGUUGUUCGACGUCGAGUUUCAAACCUUUUCGCCACACCACUUGACGAUGGUGUUGUGGUCGUUCGCCAUGCUCAACGAAAAUACGCAAGAGGUUUUACCAUACAUCGUGCGGGCGAUGAAGUCCAUGAUCGACGAGUUCAAUCCGCGAGAUUUGACGAACACGGCGUGGGCGCUCGCCGCGCUCGGAUGCGACGACAAUGAAUUAAUCAAAGCACUGGGCGCGUGCGCACAAAUGAAGCUCAACGACUUUAAUUCGCAGGAGCUUUUAAAGUUCCUCGGUUCGUACGAGCGACUCGGCGUUGAAGACGCUUCACUCGCCAAAGCCGUGUCGGCGCGGCGUACGUUGUCGUACGAGUUUCCCUCAAUGAACGCUACCAUCGAGCUCACCGCGGCGACACCGCAGAGUUACAAAGGUACCGAUCGUGUCCGCGUCGACGAUAGCUGUGGGGGAUGGGGAAGAGGAAACACGGGUGUGGCACUGUGGGAAGGAAGUUUUGUUUUAGCGGAGUGGUUAUCUCGACAGAAAUCGCCGCUCGCGACGGAGGGCGUCGCUAAGGCGCUCGGUGGAGCUUGGGACGACGAUUGGAAGGGUAAAGUAUGCGUUGAACUCGGUGCUGGUUUAGGUUUACCGUCCGUAGUCGCUUCCAAACUUGGCGCGCACGUUGUCGCUACCGACGGUACGUUUCGCGCGUCUUCUUUCGACUUGUUCGUCCUUCGCCACUGUUAA